AUGGAGGAUCAUAUUCGGAAACCAGUAUUUGUUUAUCCUCGCUGGGAUGAAGAGGAAGAAUUGAAAAAAGAUCUGGAACAACUGAAUGGUUGGAAAUUCGAUAUAGGUCGGACCAAGGCAGAUGCUCCGGUUAUUAUUUUAACAAAUACAACUACGCUCACCGGAGAUGAAGUCAAGGACGCGGUGCCUCAUGCGGAAUUGGCAGAUCUGCUUCAUGAGUAUAAUAUGGUGCUGAAAGACUUGGAAAAUAUGAUAUACUUACCCGAAGAAACUCAAUAUACAUUGACGAGUACGACGGAUGGCUCAUAG